ACAAACAACAAUCAUAUUUUUGGAACUUGACUUAUAUAGUGGUUUUCACAAUAUGAUCGUUUUAAUAAGAGUUAAUGUAAUUCUACGCAUACAAAUUCUGAGCGCCUGAGUUUCAAAUGUCAUACACUGCAGAGUAUCAAAUAACUCGCAUUCCCUAUUUCUCGGUCUCCCAACAAGCACACGGGCAAACAAUCAUGUCGUCGGAAGCCAUUUCCCGCAAGAGGUUGGAUGGGAAAGUGGCCAUCAUCACAGGUGGGGCCAGCGGCAUCGGUGAGGCCACUGCACGGCUCUUUGCAGCUGAAGGUGCACGUGCGGUGGUGAUCGCAGACAUCCAAGAUGAGCGAGGCAAACGUGUGGCUGCAUCCAUCGGCACCGAUCAGUGCAUAUACUUGCACUGUGACGUGGCAGAUGAAGGCCAGGUCAGAUCAAUGGUGGAACACACAGUCCAAACCUACGGUCGCCUCGACAUCAUGUUCAGCAACGCUGGCAUGAUUAACCUGACCCAGACCAUCUUGGAUAUAGACUUGGAAGCCAUGGACCGUCUAUUCGCUGUCAACGUAAGGGGGAUGGUUGCCUGCGUCAAGUACGCAGGGCGGGCCAUGGUCCAAGGGCAGAUCAAAGGGAAUAUAAUCUGCACCGCUAGUGUAGCGGCCACGGUCGGCACUGAGGUUCGGACGGACUACACCAUGUCGAAGCAUGCGGUGCUGGGGCUGGUUCGAUCGGCUAGUAUCCAGCUCGGCAGACAUGGAAUAAGGGUGAAUUGCGUGUCGCCGUAUGCAGUGGCCACGCCACUGCUGUGUGGGACGCUUGGAAUGGAUGCAGAGGCUGUGGAGAAGAAGUUCUCAUCCAUCCCAAAAUUGCAAGGGGUUGUACUGAAAGUCGAGCAUAUUGCUGAUGCUGUGUUGUUCUUGGCUACUGGUGAGUCUGCAUUUGUGAGUGGACACAACCUGGUGGUUGAUGGUGCUUUCCUUGCUCGUUGAUUGAUUUGAUCGAUCACUACCGUUGAAAUUUGUUUGAA